AUGACAGGACUUGGUGUGCCAGGCGUUUUUAAAUUAGUUAUGGGAAAAUGGUUUUCUCGGAUAACAUAUACGGGUGUAUUAUUAGGAGUAUUUGAGCAAUUAUCCACGACGGAACCACAACUGGCCGAGCAGGUGUCUCAUGAAAUUAAGGUACAUACUGAUACUCUAUAUAGACUCCUUCGAGCACUAUCAUUUAUAGGUCUAGUUGAAGAAAAUGGCGACCAUAAGUUUCUCUUAAAUGAAGAUGGGACAGUUUUACGUAAAGAUCACCCAAUGUCUUUAAGAGGAUUUUUUUUAUUCGAGGAAAGUGCAGAACACUUUGUUUGCUGGAAGCACCUACCAGACUUUGUUAAGGAAGGACCCACAAGGACUGCCUUUGAGAUAGAAUUUGGAAAACCUGUUUUUGAUUAUAUGGAUGGAAAUCCAAAAUAUGCUACAUUAUUUGGAAAUGCGAUGGAUUCUAUUUCUUAUAAGGAAAUUGAGGGUAUUGUUAAGGUUUUGAAAGAAGGAAAAUAUUUGGAGAAGGCUGAUGUUGUUUGUGAUAUUGGGGGCAGUAGCGGGUAUUUUCUUGACCUCGUUUUAAAGACGGUGGCCAGACCCGAUGCGAAAGGAAUUGUAAGCGAUACUGCAACUGUUAUUAAAGAUGUCGAAUCUAAAGGUAAAGAUGCUGCACUACUGAAGUCCCUAUCUUUUGCAGAGAUUGACAUGUUUAAGAAGGCUGUGCCUGCAGAUGUCUACUUUGUAAAACAUAUUCUUCAUGACUGGCCUGAUAACAAGUGCAUAGAAAUUUUAAGACUGGCUAAGGAGGUUGCAAGACCUGGUGCUAAAUUCAUUGCUUGUGAAGCAGUAAUCCCAGAACCAAAUGUGCCGGGCCUUUCCAAAGUAUUGGAUAUUCAAAUGAUGCUCAUGUGUUGCGGUCGUCAAAGAACAGAAGAGGAAUUCAAAAGACUUUAUGAAGCAUCAGGAUGGAAAGUUGAAGUUGUUGAACCUUGUGGGGACGAUUUCAUUUCUUUAGUAAUAGGAGCCCUUUGA